CACCAUCUCGCCCUCGCCCUUGGAGCUCCACCACACCAAAGCCUCCCUCAGGAAAAAAAAAAUCAAAAAAAUCGCCUGACACUUGUCAACAGUCAUGGCUCUCACUUACCAACAAAGUAAGCUCGUCAGAGAUACUAUACCCGCUCUCAAGGAGCACGGUGAGAGGAUAACGAGCAUCUUCUACAAGACUAUGCUCACCGACCACCCCGAACUCAACAACUACUUCAACUCGGUAAACCAGAAGAAUGGCAGGCAACCUCGGGCCCUGACGGCCGUCAUCUUGGGCUUCGCCUCAAACAUUAACCAUCUUAGCGAGCUCGUCCCCAAGUUUGAGCGCAUGUGCAACAAGCACUGCUCGUUGGGUAUCCAGCCAGAACACUACGAGGUUGUCGGCAAGUAUCUCAUCCAGGCUUUCGGCGAGGUUUUGGGCCCCGCGAUGACGCCCGAGGUGCAGACGGCAUGGACAAAGGCAUAUUGGAUGCUAGCCAAGAUGUUGAUUGGGCGCGAGGCACAGUUGUACAGGGACUUUGAGAGCUGGCCCUCAUGGCGCCCUUUCAAGAUCGACAGGAUUGUCAACGAGUGCGAUGACCUCUACACCUUCUAUCUUGUUCCUCAGGAUGGAAAGAGGUUACCGAAAUUCCUACCCGGCCAGUACGUCUCCGUCCAGAUCCAGGUCCCUGGUGGCAACCUCCAGUCCAGACAGUAUUCCCUCAGUGAGGCGUGGAGGGAGGAUUACUACCGUAUCACCAUCCGCCGAGACGAGGGCACCGUCUACUCCAACUCAGUUUCCAAGUCCUUCUUCAACCCCGGCAUCGUCUCCAACUACCUUAUCGAUCAAACUACCGUCGGUUCUAUCCUUCAGGUCUCUCACCCGGCUGGCGAGUUUUUCUUGGACGUCCACAACACGAGCACGGUGCCUCUGGUUCUGAUUUCUGCUGGUGUCGGCGUCACUCCCAUGGUUUCCAUCGCCAACACCGUUAUGGAGAGUCAACCCAGUCGCCAAAUUGCCUGGAUCCAUGGCUGCCGCAAGCAUAUCCCCUUUGAGGACCACAUCAAGACUUUGCGCAAGAAGAAUAGCAACUUCCAAACCAAGAUCUUCAAGACCGUCAUCAACAGCACUGAUCGUCCUGGCGAGACAUAUGACUACAACGAGCGCAUGGACCUGGCCAAGCUCAAGCCCGAGGAGCUCCAUCUUCAGCAUGGCGGCACUGAGUACUUCAUCUGCGGCCCGGAGCAGUUCAUGGUCAACCAAAAACUCUACCUCAUGCAGCAAGGUGUCUCGGCCUCGCGCAUCAAAUGCGAGAUCUUCACCACGGGCGAUUUGUCCGUCGUCGUGCAAUUACCGGCCAAUGAUGCCCUCGCGGUGCGAUCCACAUCAACAUCAACACGACUGUCAUCAAAAUCAACAAUACCGACAUAUCAAGAAGCUGGGUCUCAUAAUAGAGACCAUCGAUCAGGAGGAGGAGGCUGGGGACGAAAAGAGGGUGACACAUAUAAGCAGAGAAGGAGGGGGUGGAUGGGAAAAUGUGGCGCCUGAUCCCCGCAAGGCGAGAAGGUCUCCAUCGCUUUCCACAAAGCUGCCCAAACGGAGAAACCACGCCGCCGUGUCCGGGCUCAGCACAGGCAGCGGCACUCAGAAACUUGCCCCGACUCUGCUCAACCCCUCGUCAACAAGGACCCGACGAGACAUGACAAUACCUCCACCAACAACAACUACGGCGAUGCCCGGUAUGGGUAUGCGCGCCGCGUCCGGAUCGCACGUGCCACGUCAAUCAUCUGUGUCAACAACAACGGCAUGGUCUACCUCAGGACCCAACAGAGGAGGAGGAGGAGGAGGAGAGAAGAGAAGAAGAGCGUCGAUAUCGGUGGCGGGAAGCAUCAGCACUGGGAUAAAGAGGGGAUCGGCAUCUCUACGGGAUAAUGUGCAUUAUUGGGUAUCGAGUGCGGUUGGCGGCGCGGACCAUGGUUACCAAAAGAUAUCAUAACCUCAUCAUCAACAAACUUAAGCAUACAUGGGAGCGGGAGUGGACAAAACAGGAAAAAGGAUGCACUGAUAGGCGUUGGGACAAGAAAAAAAAAAGUGAUACCAAGUAGGAUGAAUGGGAAUUAGGGGGAGGGUUAAUUUAGAGUUGAACUUUUGUUUUACGUGUUUGAGAAAUUGAGCGGGCCUUUCUACUAUAUAUGUCUUCUUUGAACUGUACAAACGUUGUAAUAUCAAGAGUGAUUGGGAUGGGGGUGAGAUGGAACGGGAGUCGAAAGGAACUUAAUGUUCAAAUUUCUUAACCUCAUUCUG